AUGAAUAAGAAAACAAGGAAGAUAUCCAAGUUUAAAAAGGAAAUCAGAGAAGAGUUAGCUCCUCAUUUUAGGAAUUGUGAUCCUAUCAUUACUAAGGAUAGCGGAAAAUUGCUGCAACUCGAUGUUAAUACAGCAGAUUAUGCUCGUACAGGUUUCACACCUGGUUGGGAUCAGCUUGAUCUCAAUCAACAUGUGAACCAUGUUCCGUACAUUAACUGGAUUCUUAAGAUACUUAAUGCCAUGCCACGUUGUGUUUCCUACUCUUCACGACAAGCCAUUACUCAAGUUUUGAUGCAUUUACCAAGUUUUGAUUCUUCCCGCUCUUUCGUAGAACAUCACGAGCUUUCUGUUAUAACUAUGGAGUCCUGGAAGGAGUGCAACACAGAUAGCGUACAGCAUUCUCUAGCUAAAAUUGUUAAAAGUGGCGUCUGUUAUGAUAAUAAUAGUAAUAAUGUUAUAGAGUUGGAGCACUUGAUCCUCCAGAAGAAUGGAUCCGAAAUUGCUAGGGUAAGCACCAUUUGGAAGCCAAUAGAGAUUCCAGCAGAAACUGCUAGCCAGCAUGACUAA